AUUGUCAUCCUGGCAUCCGAAAGCACAGCGGAACCUUGUUUUUCUAAACUGUCAGCUGUUUCAAAACUUUUUUAUGUUGACUGGAUGCAAUUCUGCUGAAAAAUUUACUUAGAGGCCUCUAAUUUAUGAAAAGUGACUAUCCUGAUCUGUUUUAAAUGAAAGUUUCAUCACCUAGAGAUUGCAAGCAGAGAAUUCGUUGAGUACCCUGUGAUUCCAGAGUUCUAUUCAAGUCAGCAAUGAAGGUGUCAGAAGUGAUGUACUGUAGCUUUCCUGUAUGGUAUCCAAAAUUUAAGCAUGUUUCAAUGAAGAGCAUUGUGAUACCACUACCAGCAGAAUUCCUGGAAUACUUACACACAGAUGGGGUGGUGUUGCCAGAAGGGAGUCUGGUAACAUCAGGAGACAGGGAUUCAGAUGAAGACAGAGUUGGAGAAGAGAUAGAUGUGAACUGGGAUGAUGAUGCAGUAGAGGCAACUGCACCAAGCUUUCCAGCCUUUGAUGCCGCCAUUAAGAAGGCCAUUAAAAUGUUGGGUGGUAAAGUGUUCCCUAAGCUGAACUGGAGCUCUCCCAGGGAUGCCACAUGGAUAGCCUUUGACAAAAGUCUAAAAUGUACAUGUCCCAGUGAUGUGUAUUUACUACUGAAGAGUUCAGAGUUCAUAACCCAUGACCUCACUCAACCGUUUAUUCGCUGUGAAGACUUUGAUGAGAGUGGUGAUCAGACCAAUGUAGGCUACAGCUUAAUAUUAAGAAAAUGGCAAGACCUCAAUCCAGGAUAUGAAUUCAGGUGUUUUGUUAGGAAUAACAAGCUAAUAGCAAUAUGUCAAAGAAACCACACAGCAUAUUAUGAGUUCAUCAGACAAGAAAAAGAAGACAUUGUAUCAGACAUACAGUCCUUUUUUUACCACUUAGUCAGUUUGAAAUUUCCUAAUGAAAAUUAUGUGUUUGAUGUAUACAGAAGAGAUCAGGGGAAGAUACUCUUGUUAGACUUUAAUCCCUUUGGGGAAGUGACAGAUGGUUUAAUGUUUACAUGGGAUGAACUAACAGAUAGUGACACAGAACUUAAAGGCACAGACAAUGAUACACAGUCGCCAGUGUUCAGGUACAGAAACUCAGGGGGUAUUCAGCCCAACCCUCUUUCAACAUUCGGGGUUCCUAGAGACAUUCUAGACUUGGCCACAGGAACAGAUGCCAGUAAACUUGUGGACCUCCUUAAACUUAGACAACAGCAAGAAGAAGACUCGUCAUCGGAGGAAGAGACAGAAAACCAGCAGACAUGAUGAUGAUGUAUGUCUUCUAUAAGACUGAAAAAUUUACAGUGCCAAACUAGCUCUGUGAAGACAACAUUCACAUUGUGUUACAUUUGUAGCCACAAAGACAUGCACUAUUCAUAUAUGCAUAUAAUACAUUUCCUCUGGCAGCAUUUUUUCUUCACAUUGAGAGAGAUGUCAUAUUUUAGCAAGUUAAUUAACAUUGUCAAACUUGUGUAAGAUCAUAUUUUCAUGCUAUAUCAAGAUCAUUUUCAGACUUGACAUCAUUUUCACUUGAAGUUCACAACUUUUAUUUGUACAAAAUGUUUACUGUGAUGGCCAUACUUGUAAUACAGUGUAGUUCAAGUUUUAUACUAGACCAGUAUGUCAUACUGCAAGAUCAGGCAUCGUAUGGGGAUUUGUUAAUCUUAGAUGUGUGCUUCACAAAAACAAUUUUCUUGACUUUGAAAUAUUUUCAUUUUUUAAACUUUGAAUUCGAAAUGUAAUAUACACUUUAG